AUGCAGGGCGACGAAUCGGACGGCGCGAUCGCGGGCGAGAGAGUGGCCGCGCUGAGAGCGGUGCAAGCGCGCCGGCAGGAGCUGCUGCAGGCGCUGCGAGCGUUGGAUGAGGAAGAUCGACGGUUGAGACUAGGCGAGGGGCGAGAGACGGAGGGGCGAGAGACGGAAGGGGAGAGACGGAGAGAAGGGGGAGACGACGGAAAGCGAAAGCAGGAGACUCAGGAAGCGGACUGCGGGGAAGCGGGCGGAGGGAAGCGCAGCGGCGGAGUGGAGAGCGCGAGCGGAGCGGAAUCGAAUGCGCGCUCGCCGGCUGCUGACGGCCCCGCGAUUGGGGCGGCGCAGGGGGAGAAUGGGGGGAAUAGAGACGAUGGCGGGUUACCAAAGGGAGGCGCGGAACUUGAGGGAGCGGGGACAGAAGCGGCUGGCGGGGUGGGCGAGGGGGGGCGCAGCUUCGAGGCGGAGCACGCGUUGAGCGCGCGGGAGGUGCAGCGCUACUCGCGGCAGCUCAUGCUGCCGUCGUUCGGCGUCGCAGCGCAGCAGCGGCUGAGGCGCGGGUCAGUGCUGGUGGUGGGCGCGGGCGGGCUGGGGUCGCCUGCUGCGCUCUACCUGGCGGCGUGCGGUGUGGGUGCGUGCGGGGGGGCGAUGGGUGGGGGCAGUGAGGGUGGUGAGGGCAGUGGGGCAGGGCGAGUGGGGGGACAGUGCGGGCGGGUAGUGGGGGCAGUGGGCGAGUGUGACGUGGAUGUUGGUGGUUGCUGCAGGUGGCACCGUGUUAUGGUGCUGGUUGGCUUGCGGGACGGCGAGUGGGCGCUCCAUGCCUGUGCAAUGACGUGCUCACCCUUCCGUGUCUCCUCUCUUGCUCACUCCCAGUGGCGCAUAGGCAUCGUGGACAGGGAUGACGUGGAGCUGUCCAACCUGCACAGACAGAGUCCGCUGCUGCUGCCUGCACCAGGUAAUGCUGAGCUGGCACCAGGUGAUGUUGAGCUGGCACAAGGUGAUGCCGAGCUGGCACCUGAGCUGGCACCAGGUGAUGCUGAGCUGGCAGCAAGUGAGGUUGUGCUGGCAGCAGGUGGCAGCUUGAAAAUAUUAUGUGUGUCUGCCAAGUUGAACUCGGACAUCACAGUGGAGACGCACAGCCACGGCUUCACACCCGCCAAUGCUGUCCACCUCGUCUCCAGGUAUUCCCUCUCCCCGCCAUGCCUCUCCCCGCCAUGCCUCUCCCCGCCAUGCCUCUCCCCGCCAUGCCUCUCCCCUCCAUGCCUCUCGCGUUCUGACCGUCCUGCUGCCCGCACCUCCGCAUGGCGUCUCCACACCAUGUCCCACCUUCUCCCUCCCUCCAUCCUCCAUGCCUCCUAUAUACCGACCUCCUGCCGCCCUCAUACCUCCCUCAUCCGUCCUCAUCACCCCCAUCUCCGCCAUCAUCCGCCCUGCCCCAUCCGCCACCCCCCGUGCCAUCCCAGCUACGACGUGCUGCUGGACGCGUCUGACAACGUGGCCACGCGCUACCUCGCCAGCGACGCUGCCGUCGCCGCCCGCAAGCCGCUCGUGUCAGGAGCAGCGCUGGGCACUGAAGGCCAGAUCACGGUGUACGGGGCCUCGCCCACGGCGCCGUGCUACCGCUGCCUCUUUCCCUCGCCGCCUCCCACCUCCGCCUGCCAACGCUGCUCCGACAGCGGCGUGCUGGGCGCAGUGCCGGGGGUGAUAGGCGUGUUGCAGGCGGUGGAGGCGCUGAAGGUGGUGGCGGGGGUGGGCGCGCCCCUCUCAGCGCGCAUGCUCGUCUACGACGCCCUCGCUGCCUCCUUCCUCAACGUGAAGCUACGCAGCAGGGUGGCGUCGUGUGUGGCGUGUGGGGAGGGCGCCACCAUGACAGCAGACAGCAUCAGCGCCUUUGACUACCAGGCCUUCACCUCCUCGCCCUUCCAUGACCAGGGCCCCAAGUCCCUCUCUCUCAUCCCUCCCAGCCAACGAGUGCCGCCCACCGCUCUCCUCGCCGCCCGGCAGCAGCGCCGCCCGCACGUGCUGCUGGACGUGCGGCCGCCCCACCUCUUCUCCAUUGCCCACCUGCCUGGCGCCAUCAACACGCCCCUCGCCACUCUGCCGGCCGCCCUGGACGAGAUCAAAUUAGCCGCCCAGGCAGCUGCCACGUCAGCAUCGUCCACAGCAUCACAGCAGGCACCUGCAGCGGCCUGUGAGCAGGCAGCAGCGGCAGAGGAGCAGCAAGGAGGUGGUUGUGGGGGGGAGGGAGAGGGAGGGGUGGAGGCGGCGGUGUUUGUGGUGUGCCGGCGGGGCAACGACUCCCAGCGGGCGGUGGGCGUGCUGAGGGAGGCGGGAGUGGGGUCGGCUGUGAGUGUGGAUGGUGGCAUGCUCGCAUGGGGGGCUCACAUCGACCCCUCCUUCCCCGCCUUCUGA